AUGCGCAGUUUCGUUUUGCCUCUUCUUGCCGCCGGCUACCUGGCUGGUGAGGUUGUCGCACGAGAUGUCCCCGCCAAUGUCAGGAAGUUGUACAACUCGGUUCGGGCUCAGGGAACCUGCAAAAAGAUUCUAAAGGGAGGCUUUUACAGCCAAGAAAAGGAUUCCAAAGACUUUUGCUACUGCGGUGAUCAUCUUGAAGAUAAUGGCAUUAUCUAUCUACAGGGCACACAUGGGAACCUGGUCAACAUGGAUAUUGACUGUGAUGGCGCACAGGGCAAGGGCAAUGGCGACUGUGAUAGUUCCGGUGACACGCAGCCACAAACCACCUUCCAAGAUGAAGUCAAGAAGUAUGGAAUCAAGGAUCUUAACGCCUACGUCCAUUCGUACGUUGUGCUUGGAAAUGAUGGUAGCAAGAAGGGCUAUGUGACUUUCGACCCGCAGAAGUACGGCAUCGAGCCACUCUCCAUUGUCGCAGUCGUUUGUGGCGAUAAAAUGUUUUACGGCGUGUGGGGCGACACCAACGGUGAUGAUGGUCCUCCAUUGAUCGGAGAGGUAUCUCUUUCACUUGGUCAGGCUUGCUACGGUAGAGCGGUUAAUGGCAACGCCGCACAUGACGAGAACGACGUUCUUUAUAUUGCCUUUAAGGGGAGCAAUGCUGUCCCUGGAGCCAAAGGUGCCAAUUGGAAGGCCAAGACCUUUGCUGACUUUGAGUCGUCCCUCCAUGCUCAAGGUGACAAAUUGGUAGCCAAGAUCAAAUAG